UCUGCCACCUUUGGCCCUCCCACUGAAGCUGCGGCUGCAGUGGGAGGGUUUUAUUCCAGCCUGCAGAUCUCUCCAGAGGCACUCACUUCUACACGACAUAUUCUUUGCCAUGGCAUCUCCACUUAAGAGUCUGGUUAAUGAUGAUAACAGGUACCAGAGAUCCUUCCAGCUUUUUCUGGAACGCUCCUCUGAGCAUCAGUGUAUGCAGGACUUCAUCCACAAUGUGCUGCCAGAUAUACUGGCCAGCAUUGGAGAUGGAAAGUCCCAUCUAAAUGUCAUUGGAGUUGGAAGUGGAGCUGGUGAGAUUGACCUGGAGAUGCUCUCCGAGCUCCAUCUGCAGCACCCAGGGGUGGCAGUGGAUAAUGAGGUGGUGGAGCCUAGCAGCCAGCAGCUACUUAACUAUAGAGUUAUGGUGUCCAGGAAACCAGAUUUAGAUUACAUCAAAUUUACCUGGAACAAGAUGACUGCCUCUGAGUUUGAGGAGCAGUGGAAAGUGAAAAAGACGACUAAGAAGGCUGACUUCAUUCACAUGAUACAGAUGCUGUACUAUGUGAAGGAUCCUGGAGCUACCAUCAGCUUCUUCCAGAGUCUCCUCGACAAGAAUGGGAAGCUUCUUAUCAUUCUGGUCUCUGGUGAGAGUGGUUGGGGAAAGCUGUGGCGGACCUACAGGAACCAGCUCUGUAACACAGAAAUAAGUCAGUGUGUGACCACUGGAGACAUCAAAACCAUCCUGGACUCCAAGGGAGUGAGCUUCCAGAGCUACGAGCUGCCAUCUCAAAUGGAUAUCACCGAGUGUUUCACUGAGGGGGAUGAGAAGGGAGAGCUGCUGCUUGAUUUUCUCACUGAGGUGCUGGACUUCAGUAAAACAGCAUCACCUGAGCUGAGAGCUGGUGUCUUGGAGUUACUUCGGCACCCAGACUGUAGUGUGGAGUCCAAUGGCAAAGUUAUCUUUAACAACAACCUUGGGGUGAUAGUCAUAGAUCAGCUCACUUAAACCCUGUUUUACAUGAUCUGUUCUGUACAAACCUGCUUCCACACCACCUGAACCUGAUCUCCGGGUGUCUAUUUUGAUUACAUUACAAGUUUUCUAACAGUUAUUUUGUGUUGACUCCAGUAUUAUUUAUUAAUUCUAUAUAAUCUUCUAUGCUUGUGCCAAAUUAAAAUGGCUUGAUUGUUUUCUUUUCUAAACACAUUUUGUUUCAUUGUCAUAACCCACCCCCAUUUUUUUUUACAAAAUGUAAGGAUCAGAGUUUUAAUCAGCUUCAGAUUCUACUAUAAUAAAAUUUUUAAGGGCUACAGCUAAUAGGCUGUGCUACCAGCCUCAUUACACUGCUGCUCUCAUUGGAUCAUAUUACUUUGGAAAUAUAAAAAUAAAUGGAAAGUUGAUCAUUACA